AUGUCAACCUUGAACAAGCCUGCUGAGCCCCCCAUGAUCCCCGAAAGAAUAUUGUCUCUCAUGGCGCCUUCUCGUCAGUCAGCGCUACGGACUCACAAGCAAAGGUCUGUGAGUGCAGCAUCCCGCCUUUCUAAGAUGUCAGUUGGGUCGACAACAUCCGAUAUUCUUGACAUGAAACUCGCGGCAAUGGAAAGUGAACUUGAGUACAUGCGAUGUGUCCGAGACGGCCUCAAUGAAGCAAGACAGACUGAAAAGAUCUCCCACGACGCCUUUCAGCGAGAAAUCCAACCUUUCUUGAAGUCCUUCCGUUCGUCGUCAUCAGCCAUUCAAUUGCUGAAGGCACAACGUCCAUUGAUUAUCGAAGACAUUAAUGAAGAAGUUUCAGCGAAACGUCAGAGGAUUGAAGGACCGGUUGACCAAAGCCUGCUCGAGCAUGCUUACCGCGACGCUAUAAUCUCCCGUGUGCUGGGUGCAAGUGCAAAACAGAAGGGUCCCAAGUUUGAUCAAUCUGCGUUCAAGAAGGAGGUUUAUGCAUACUACGGUAUCAAUGAGCAUUGUCACCCUGGCUUUGGGUGGUGUCAUGUGUUGGGCACUGUACUUCCCCAAAAUAAUAUCAAAGCUGCCCAUCUUGUACCCAAAUCUAUGACAUCCAAGGAAGUUUCCCACCUAUUCGGAGUCAGUGCUGGAGUUCUUGAUGACCCCCGCAAUGGCAUCACACUGGCAGACAAUAUUGAGCUACUUUUCGACCAAGGUACCAUCGCGAUUGUACCUAUGCCUGGCCCAAUGGAAAGUCCAACUCAAUGGAGGUGUGUUGUCUUGGACGAUUCAAAGAAGGAGAACAUCAUCGGUACCUUGGGUGGAUCCUAUAUGAAACUGAAGGAUAUUGACAACAAGGCAUUGACGUUCGUUUCCGACAACCGUCCUCGCCGACGGUAUUUGUACUUCUGUUUUAUUAUUGCGUAUCUGAAUGCAAAGAGCCGAGGAGCCAGUGACGCCGUUGCGAAAAAGGUUGAAGCCACGCGUUUUUGGCCCUCCGCCGGUGAGUACCUUAAUCGGUCAACACUGGUUACAUUAGACCGUUGUGUUUCAGGAUCGGAACUCCCUAAAUCCCUUGUUCAAGACCAGACAUUUGACUCCGGUGAUACUUCCACUCGUGACGCUGACGCUGGAACUGUGCUUGGAGCUGAUGUUCGUGACGCAAUUCUUGCCAUGGGGAAUCUCUAA